CCCGGGAGGCCGGGAAGGCUGUCGCUGCCUCGGCCGUCGCAUCCCCGAGGGAGUCGUGUCGGCGUGUCCCCCGCCCCCCAGCUUGCCGAUUGCCCCAGAGGCUCUCGUGUGCGCUCCCGACCUCGCCAGCUGCUUGCCGCUUGCUCGCGGAUCGUGCCUUCUGCAUCAUGUGCGGUAUAUUUGCUUACUUAAACUACCAUGUUCCUCGCACAAGACGAGAAAUCUUGGAGACCCUAAUCAAAGGCCUUCAGAGACUGGAGUACAGAGGAUAUGAUUCUGCUGGGGUGGGAGUUGAUGGAGGCAAUGACAAGGAUUGGGAAGCCAAUGCCUGCAAGAUCCAGCUCAUUAAGAAGAAAGGGAAAGUUAAGGCACUGGAUGAAGAAGUUCACAAGCAACAGGAUAUGGAUUUGGAUAUAGAAUUUGAUGUACACCUCGGAAUAGCUCAUACCCGUUGGGCGACACAUGGAGAACCCAAUCCUGUCAACAGCCAUCCCCAGCGCUCUGAUAAAAAUAAUGAAUUUAUUGUUAUUCACAAUGGAAUUAUCACCAACUACAAAGACUUGAAAAAGUUUUUGGAAAGCAAAGGCUAUGACUUUGAAUCUGAAACAGACACAGAGACAAUUGCCAAGCUUGUUAAGUACAUGUAUGACAAUCGGGAAAGUCAAGAUAUCAGUUUUACUACCUUGGUGGAGAGAGUUAUCCAACAAUUGGAAGGUGCUUUUGCACUGGUAUUUAAAAGUGUUCAUUUUCCUGGCCAAGCAGUUGGCACAAGACGAGGUAGCCCUCUUUUGAUUGGUGUACGAAGUGAACAUAAACUCUCUACUGAUCACAUUCCAAUUCUCUACAGAACAGGCAAGGACAAGAAAGGAAGCUGUAAUCUCUCUCGUGUGGACAGCACAACUUGCCUUUUCCCUGUUGAAGAAAAAGCAGUGGAAUAUUACUUUGCAUCUGAUGCAAGUGCUGUCAUAGAACAUACCAAUCGCGUCAUCUUUCUUGAAGAUGAUGAUGUUGCAGCGGUGGUGGAUGGCCGUCUUUCUAUCCAUCGAAUUAAACGAACUGCAGGAGAUCACCCUGGACGAGCUGUGCAAACCCUCCAGAUGGAACUUCAGCAGAUCAUGAAGGGCAACUUCAGUUCAUUUAUGCAGAAGGAAAUUUUUGAGCAGCCAGAGUCUGUUGUAAACACCAUGAGAGGAAGAGUCAACUUUGAUGACUAUACAGUGAAUUUGGGCGGUUUGAAGGAUCACAUUAAGGAGAUCCAGAGGUGUCGGCGUUUGAUUCUUAUUGCUUGUGGGACAAGUUAUCAUGCUGGUGUAGCAACACGUCAAGUUCUUGAAGAGCUGACCGAGUUGCCUGUUAUGGUGGAACUUGCCAGUGAUUUCCUGGAUAGAAACACACCAGUUUUUCGAGAUGAUGUUUGCUUUUUCAUUAGUCAGUCAGGUGAGACCGCAGACACUCUGAUGGGUCUUCGGUACUGUAAGGAGAGAGGAGCUUUAACUGUGGGCAUCACAAACACGGUGGGCAGCUCCAUAUCAAGGGAGACAGACUGUGGGGUUCACAUCAAUGCUGGGCCCGAGAUUGGCGUGGCCAGCACAAAGGCUUACACCAGCCAGUUUGUGUCCCUUGUGAUGUUUGCCCUCAUGAUGUGUGAUGACAGGAUCUCCAUGCAAGAGAGACGCAAAGAGAUCAUGCUUGGAUUGAAGCGGCUGCCUGAUUUGAUCAAGGAAGUAUUGAGCAUGGAUGAUGAAAUUCAGAAACUGGCAACAGAACUCUAUCAUCAGAAGUCAGUCUUGAUAAUGGGACGUGGCUAUCAUUAUGCUACUUGCCUUGAAGGGGCACUAAAAAUCAAAGAAAUCACUUACAUGCACUCUGAAGGCAUCCUCGCCGGUGAACUGAAACACGGCCCUCUGGCUUUGGUGGACAAGUUGAUGCCUGUCAUCAUGAUAAUCAUGAGAGAUCACACUUACGCCAAGUGUCAGAAUGCUCUUCAGCAGGUGGUUGCCAGACAGGGACGCCCAGUGGUGAUCUGCGAUAAGGAAGAUACCGAGACCAUUAAGAACACAAAUAGAACAAUCAAAGUGCCCCACUCUGUGGACUGCUUGCAGGGCAUUCUCAGUGUGAUCCCCUUACAGUUGCUGGCUUUCCACCUUGCUGUGCUGAGAGGCUAUGAUGUUGAUUUCCCCCGGAAUCUUGCCAAAUCUGUAACUGUAGAAUAAGGAGCACCUGCAACUCUGGACGAUUGAGCAACACAAGACACCUUUUGUAUUUAACGCCUUGAUUUAAAAUAGCACCCCUUGAAGUCUUUUUUAGUAAAUCCUUAUUUAUAUAUCGGUUAUAAUUACUCCACUCAAUUUGUGAUUUUUGUGAAAUUACCUCAUAUUUUUCCAGUAAUUUGUGGGGGGAGUUUAAACAAUGGAAUUUAUAUUGGAAUCGUUACCACAAAGAGAUUGAGCUCUCAUUUUCUUUAAAGGAUGCUAGGUGUUGGAUUUCUGGGCCCUCCACUUCAACCUGGGAGGGUUGUGUUUUUUUAGAAUAAUUGACCUUUGUUUUACCGAGCUUCUAUUCAUUCAGCUCAAAGAAAGUGUAGUACAUUUAAUUGAGAUAUCUAAAGCCAGCAGCAAUGUAUGCUAAUGCUUGGACAUUUAAUUAAGGUCUUGCUAAGUUUACGUGUAAAGAGAAGAUGCUGUGAUUUGUUCUGAAAUUUGUUUGUGUUUUGUUUUUAAAUCAAACCGUAGAACUUAAAACGUGAAAGCUUUUCUUGGUGGGAUUACUCUGUAAGUUAGAUUAAACCGAGUCUCUCAGACCUGUUGCUUGUUAGGUGGAAGUUGAGUUCACGUAGGAAGCUAGAGUAUGGUUAGUGCAUUGGUUUUCUCCAGUUCUUAACAGCAAGUUAUUUGCACAGUCUCAGAGCACAAACUUUAAAUUUGAGCUGCUUUGGACAACUGACAACAUGGUUUUCAGUGUGAAGAUGGGGGACAUAGAGGUCGAGUGUCCUGCUCCUAGUUUUUCCAUCUUCUGAAACUGUUUUUUAUUUUCUUGUAUCUGUAGUGUUUUGUUUUGUUUUGUUUAAUGACUGCUGAAUGACUUAGUUUAUCUUAUUCUGUGAAAUCACCACACAAACUUGCUAUCAAAUGUCUGAGAUUAAAUCAGUACUGAUA